UUUUCAAAGUAUAUUCUUCAUGUAAACCCUUUUUUUUUUUAAACAAAUAUAUCCUUUUUCGAUCCUAAAUUAUAAUCAAUUUAUUUCAGGAGUACCAAUAUCGCUAGCAGUUAGUGAUCAAAGUUUGCUGCUUGCGAGAGUUAUCCUAUUUGUUUUGUUCUUCUUGUUUUCAAUGCCUCUACUAAGCUAUGCAAUCAAAAUAUAUAAUCUGAAGUUGAUGGAUGAGUAUGCCCUUGAGGUUAUACGUUUCAUAUGUAAGAAAUUAUCAAAGUUAGAUGAUGAGAACCAAUUUGUGCAAAGUGGAGCAGUAGAAGCAACCUUUCAGGCUAUAAAGAAUGGCAUCCCUGAGAUUGCAAUUGAAUUAAUUCCAAAAGCUGAUGAUGCAAAAGCUGAUAAUUCUAAAAAUCAUAUAUUUGCAAAUAUAUUGAGCGGGACAGAUCCUGAAGAUUCAAGGAACAUGUUUGCAUCUGCUAUAGCACAUCGUCAGGAGAAAGUGGCACGCUUUCUUCAUGAAUUUUGUGCAAGCGAGGAAACAAAUAUGAUUACUAUCAUCGAUAAAGAUGGGAACAAUAUAUUACAUGUAGCAGCACAAUUAGCUCCUCUUUCUCAACUGGAUCACAUCUCUGGUGCACCUUUGCAGUUGCAAAGUGAACUACGCUGGUUCAAGUCAGUGAAGGGCAUUGUUCCCCGGUUCUACCACAAACAGAAAAAUAAAGAUGGCGAAACUCCUACCCAAGUGUUUCUUAGAGAACACAGGAAUUUGCUAAAAGAAGCCGAAGAAUGGAUGAAAAAAGCGGCAGAAGCUUGUACAGUCGUCGGUGCUCUUAUUAUUACAGUAAUGUUUGCUGCAGCUUUUACUGUUCCUGGUGGAAACAAUCAAGAGACAGGCUUCCCCGUAUUUUUGAACACGUCUUCUAGUACAGCAUCUGUUACUGUGGCACCGUUCAUGGUAUUUACAGUAUCAGAUUCAAUUUCUCUUUUUGCUGCAUCUAGUUCAGUCCUAAUGUUUAUGGGGAUUCUCACUUCUCGUUAUGCUUGUCAAGAUUUCCAUAUAUCUUUACCCAUGAAGUUGAUGAUUGGCCUUUCUGCGCUCUUCAUCUCUAUUGCAGCAAUGAUGGCAGCAUUUUGUGCUACUCUUCUCAUGGUGCUACACGAAAAAACAGGGACAGUCAUUUCCAUAAUAUUUCUUGCCACUAUUCCUGUCACUUUGUUUAUAUUGCUGCAAUCACCUCUUCUUGUUGAGAUUUAUACCUCAACUUUUCGCCCAGACAUCUUUUAUAGGAGAAAGUACCUGAAAAGCGAAAUGAGAUUUUGCUUGAGCUUAAAUAGGAGAUGGUGGUUCAGAGCGAGGAAAGGAAGGAUGGUUAUCAUGCUGUGUGCUUUGUUUUUACUUUAUUUAAUUUCAUUUGCUUGGUUUGCAAUUGAACUUUAGGUUUUAACUUAUUUUGUUUUGUAUGCUAUUAUUAGGACGAUCAGUGCUUCAAUUAAUUAGAUGACUAUAUUUUAUAGACAAAAAUUUGUAAUGAAUUUAAGUGCCUGUC